CAAAGGGGGAAAAAAAUGAAAUGGUUCUUUUGUUCCGCGCUGUCACCACCUGUCUUUUUUUGUCUUCUCAUUUCAGCUGUGAGCUCAGCAACGAGGCGCUCGCUCACGAGCCGCUCUGCCAGACUCGGGCUUCAGCUCCCAAAAGCCGCCAAUAAUCCGCUCGCUCAUUUUUAUUCCGCGUCCCCUUCGUGUCACCCCGCCGGAGCCUUUUAUAAAAGAGCCAGUGACCCAGGCAGUCCGCUUAUUCCACCUCAACGUCCGCCAAACCGUGUCGCAAUGUCUGACUUGGAAGAUCACGGAGUGCAUCACGAGGAGGAAGACGAGCAAGGAGAAGGAGAACGGCCCAAGCACAAGCCGUUGGCCACGCAGCUCGCACCCCCAAAGAUCCCAGAAGGCGAAAGAGUGGACUUUGACGACAUCCACAGAAAGCGGAUGGAGAAAGACCUCCUGGAGCUUCAAACUCUGAUUGAUGUGCACUUUGAGCAGAGGAAAAAAGAAGAGGAGGAGCUCAUUGGCCUCAAGUCAAGGAUUGAGAGUCGCCGGGCAGAAAGAGCUGAGCAGCAGCGCGUGAGAGCGGAAAAAGAGCGUGACCGACAGUCCAGGAUUGCGGAGGAGAGGCAGAGGAAGGAGGACGAGGAGGCCAAGAAGAGGGCGGAAGAUGAGGCCAAGAAGAAGAAAGUGCUCUCCAACAUGGGGGCUCACUUUGGAGGAUUCCUGGCCAAGGUGGAGCAGAGGCGGGGCAAGAAACAAACGGGCAGGGAGAUCAAGAAGAAGACGCUGUCGGAGAGGAAGCAGCCGCUAGCCAUUGACGACCUGAGAGAGGACGCCCUCAGAAAAAGAGCCGGGGAAAUGUGGCAAUGCAUCUAUCAGCUGGAGUCGGAGAAAUUUGACCUGGCUGAGAAGAUGAAGAGACAAAAGUAUGAGAUCACCGUCCUGCUGAACAGAAUCCAACAUGCUCAAAAGUUCAAAAAGGGCCACGGGAAGGGGAAGGUCGGAGGACGCUGGAAGUGAGUCAACACCCUCAAGUCACCCAAAAAAAACCAAGGUGCCAAUGGUCUUGUUGGAAGUGGGG